CAUUUGCUUGGCUAGCCUAGAGAGAGAGAGAGAGAGAGAGAUGAGGUGUUGCAGCAGCGUCCAUGGCUUUUUCUGGCUGGUGCUCAUCGUCGUCUACGCGUGCUGUUCAUCGGCUCAAGCUCAGCAAGCAGCAGCAAGAACUGAUCCAGCUGAAGUGUCGGCACUAAACACGAUCCUGGGGAGAUGGGGCCUGCGGGCGUCGCCGGCGUGGAACAUCAGCGGCGAGCCCUGCAGCGGCGUCGCCAUCGACGGAACCAGCGUCGACAACAACCCCAGCAUCAACCCGGCCAUCAAGUGCGACUGCUCCUACAACGCCAGCACCGUCUGCCACAUCGUCAGGCUGAAAGUGUACUCAUUGAACGUUGUUGGUCAAAUACCUGAGGAGCUGCAGAAUCUCACUUAUCUGAAUAACCUGGAUCUUCGGCAAAAUUACUUGACGGGUUCCCUGCCAUCCUUCAUUGGAAACUUUUCUGCCAUGCAAUACUUGGCGGUGUCUCUCAAUCCAUUAUCUGGACCUCUUCCGAAGGAGAUCGGGAGUCUUAGAAAUCUCCUAUCAUUGGGCAUUAGUUCAAACAAUUUUACUGGUGAACUCCCUGCAGAACUGGGCAACUUGGAAAAGCUUGAGCAAAUGUAUAUUAUUAGCUCUGGCUUCAGUGGUCCCUUCCCUUCAACAUUCUCAAAGCUUAAGAAUUUGAGGAUACUAUGGGCAUCAGAUAAUGAUUUCACAGGAAAAAUACCUGAUUAUUUUGGGAGCUUGCCAAAUUUACAAGAACUAAGGUUCCAAGGAAAUUCUUUUCAAGGUCCAAUUCCAGCAAGUCUAUCCAAUCUAACCAGAUUAACAAGUUUGCGGAUCGGUGAUAUUCUAAAUGGGAGCUCCUCGCUGUCCUUUAUCUCUAAUCUGACAUCUUUGAAUGUCUUAAUAUUGAGGAACUGCAAAAUAUCCGAUAAUCUUGGAACAGUGAACUUUUCUAAGCUUGCAGGGUUAACCUUACUGGACUUGAGCUUUAACAAUAUCACAGGCCAUGUUCCUCAAACCAUACUGAAUCUGAACAAUCUUGGAUUCUUGUUUCUUGGGAACAACAGCCUUUCUGGAAGCUUGCCAUAUGACAAAAGCCCUUCACUGAACAAUUUAGAUUUUUCAUAUAACUCCCUCUCUGGAAGCUUUCCUCCAUGGGUUACUGGGAACAAUUUGCAACUGAAUUUGGUGGCUAAUAACUUCGUUCUUGAUAGCACCAACAAUAGCAUUUUACCUUCAGGGCUAAACUGUCUCCAGCAAGAUAUUCCUUGUUUUCGUGGUUCUCCAGAAUAUUAUUCCUUUGCGGUGGACUGUGGCAGUAAUAAAUCUACAAGGGGCUCAGAUAAUACUUUGUAUGAAACUGAUGCUCAAAACAUUGGAACCGCGUCUUAUUAUGUUAGUGAUCAUGCAAGAUGGGGUGUAAGCAGUGUAGGCAGAUUUAAUGAGGCUCCAAAUGGAAGUUAUGCAAUAUAUAGUUCCCAGCAAUUUCAGAGUGCACUUAACUCAGAAUUAUUCCAGACUGCAAGGAUGUCACCAUCAUCACUUAGAUACUAUGGUAUUGGACUUGAGAAUGGGAAUUACACUGUCUCACUUGAGUUUGCAGAGUUUGCUUAUCCAAACACGCAAACUUGGCAUAGCAUCGGACGGAGAGUUUUUGACAUAUAUGUUCAGGGUGACCUGAAAGAAAAGAACUUUAAUAUAAGGAAGACGGCUGGUGGAAAGUCUCUUACUGCUGUUAACAAGAGAUAUACUGCAACCGUGUCGAAAAACUUCCUUGAGAUCCAUCUGUUCUGGGCUGGGAAGGGUACUUGUUGCAUUCCUAGUCAAGGAUACUAUGGACCUAUGAUUUCAGCAUUAAGCGUGACCCCAAAUUUUAUUCCCACUGUGCGAAAUGGUGUUCCGAAAAAGAAAAGUAAGGCAGGAACAAUUGCUGGAGCAGUGAUUGGCGCUUCAUUCUUUGGAUUAGCAUUAGUAGUUGGAAUAUUUAUGUUGCUAAGGAAGAGAAGAAGAACGGCACAACAGAAAGAAGAACUCUACAACAUGGCUGGAAGGCCUAAUGUCUUCAGCAAUGCUGAGCUUAAGUUAGCUACAGAGAAUUUUGGUUCUCAAAACAUUCUUGGAGAAGGAGGAUAUGGACCAGUCUAUAAGGGUAAGCUAACCGAUGGGAGGGUGAUAGCUGUGAAGCAACUUUCUCAAUCAUCUCAGCAGGGGAAAAGCCAGUUCGUGACAGAGGUUGCAACAAUUUCUUCUGUGCAACAUAGGAACCUUGUUAAAUUAUAUGGCUGUUGCAUUGAUAGUAACAAACCCUUGUUGGUUUAUGAGUACCUCGAAAAUGGAAGCCUGGAUCAAGCACUCUUCGGGGAUAGUAGGUUGAACCUAGGUUGGUCCACACGCUUUGAAAUCAUUUUAGGCAUUGCGAGAGGCCUAAGUUAUCUUCAUGAGGAGUCCACUGUGCGCAUCGUGCAUCGGGACAUCAAGGCUAGUAACAUUCUACUUGACAUCGAUUUAACCCCCAAGAUAUCUGAUUUUGGGCUUGCCAAGCUCUAUGAUGAGAAGAAGACUCACGUUAGCACAAAAGUUGCCGGUACAUUUGGCUACCUAGCACCUGAGUAUGCGAUGAGAGGCCAUCUGACUGAAAAGGCUGAUGUUUUCGCAUUUGGGGUGGUCGCUCUAGAGACCGUAGCUGGUCGAUCAAACACUGACCACUCCCUCGUGGAAGACAAGACCUAUCUUUUUGAAUGGGCCUGGGGGCUCUAUGAAAGAGACCAAGCACUCGAAAUAGCGGACCCGAUGCUCGAGGAAAUCGACGAGGAGGAGGUCUUGAGAGUCAUCCGGAUCUCGCUCCUUUGCACCCAGGGCUCACCGCACCAGAGACCAGGAAUGUCAAGGGUGGUGGCAAUGCUCAACAGAGACAUUCCGGUGACCGAUGUGGUGACGAAGCCAAGCUACAUCACUGAGUGGCAGCUCAGGGGAAGGAAUAGCAGCAAUGUCACCACCAGCUACUCCUCUGCUGCUGUUGAGCUCAGUGGGCAGAGGGAGACGUCCCCUCUCACGCCUUCCCCAGAGAUCACCGCAGAAAUUGAUGAUAGGGAGAUGAAUGCGAUGCUGCAAAAUGAUUGCUGGAGAAACCGUAGUUGGAAGAUGAUUGAAGAUUUGCAAAGUGCAGGUGGAUAUGUUGGUUUGAAGUGAUAAGUUUGGACAUUAUUCGUGCGGAUAUAAAUCGAUUUCAGUUGAAGUAAAAAAAAAUCCGAAGUUCAGUGUUACUAUUGUUUGAAGUGAUAAAUUGAUCAUUUCGGUUGAAGUAAAAAAGUCGAUGUGCCA